GGCGGUGGGUGGAGGAAGAGAAGCCGUGGGAGUGCCGCCGCCACCGCCGCUGCCGACGCCACCGCGGCCGCUGUCCCCGACGCCGCCGCCCCCCUUCCCACGGCACCACUACUGUUUCUUCUCCUUGUGUGUGAGAUUGGAACCUGCGCGUGGAUCUGCCGUUGCCACGGGCUGCGUAGCUCGCGAGGUUUCAGCAUAGGAAAGAAAAACCAGGAAUGUAAAGAAGAAAUCAAGAUGGAUCGAAGUAUGUGUGUGGAUUCGGUCACCAUCUCUGUUGAGGGGAUGACAUGUAGUUCCUGUGUUUGGACCAUUGAGCAGCGGAUUGGAAAACUGAAGGGUGUACAUCAUAUUAAAGUUUCACUGGAAGAAAAAAAUGCAGCUAUUAUAUAUGACCCUAAACUACAAACUCCAAAGACCCUACUGGAAGCUAUUGAUGACAUGGGCUUUGAUGCUAUUCUCCACAAUCCUAAUCCUCUCCCUGUUUCAACUGAGACUGUGUUUCUGACUGUUGCUGCUUCACUAGCUGUGCCAUGGGACCAUAUCCAAAACACAUUGCUCAAGACCAAGGGUGUGACAGACAUUAAAAUUUACCCUCAGCAAAGAACUGUAGUGGUGACGGUAAUCCCUUCUAUAGUGAAUGCCAAUCAAAUAAUAGAGCUGCUUCCAGAUCUAAGUUUAGAUACUGGAACUCUGGAGAAAAAGUCAGGAACUUGUGAAGAUUACAGUCUGGCUCAAGCAGGUGAAGUCAUGCUGAAGAUGAAAGUAGAAGGGAUGACUUGCCAUUCAUGCACCAGCACCAUUGAAGGGAAAAUUGGGAAGCUGCAAGGUGUUCAGCGAAUUAAAGUUUCCCUGGACAACCAAGAAGCUACUAUUGUUUAUCAGCCUCAUCUUAUCACAGCAGAGGAAAUAAAAAAGCAGAUUGAAGCUGUGGGCUUUCCAGCAUUCAUCAAAAAACAGCCCAAGUACCUCAAAUUGGGGGCUAUUGAUAUAGAACGCCUAAAGAACACACCAGUCAAAUCCUCAGAAGGAUCACAGCAAAGGAGUCCAUCAUAUACCAGUGAUUCAACAGCCACUUUCCUUAUAGAUGGCAUGCAUUGUAAAUCAUGUGUAUUAAAUAUUGAAAGUACUUUAUCUACACUCCAAUAUGUAAGCAGUGUCAUAGUUUCUUUAGAGAAGAGAUCUGCCAUUGUAAAGUACAAUGCAAGCUCAGUCACUCCAGAAACCCUCAGAAAAGCAAUAGAAGCCAUGUUACCAGGGCAAUAUAGAGUUAGUAUUACAAGUGAAGUUGAGAGUAUCUCAAACUCUCCCUCUAGCUCAUCUCUUCAAAAGAUCCCUUUGAGCAUAGCUAGCCAUCCGCUGACUCAACAAACUGUGAUAAACAUUGAUGGAAUGACUUGUAAUUCUUGUGUUCAGUCUAUUGAGAGUGUCAUAUUAAAAAAGGCAGGUGUAAAAUCCAUACAAGUAUCUCUUGCAAAUGGCAAUGGGACUGUUGAGUAUGAUCCUCUACUAACCACUCCAGAAACCUUGAGAGAAGCAAUAGAAGACAUGGGAUUUGAUGCUGCCUUGUCAGAUACAAAUGAGCCAUUUGUAAUAAUAGCUCAGACCUCAUCGGAAAUGCCGCUUUUGACCUCAACAAAUGAAUUUUAUACUAAAAUGAUGACACCAAUUAAUGACGCAGAAGCAAAGACUACAUCUAAGUGUUACAUACAGGUCACUGGUAUGACUUGUGCUUCCUGUGUAGCAAACAUUGAACGGAAUUUAAGACGAGAAGAAGGAAUAUAUUCUGUACUUGUGGCUCUGAUGGCUGGCAAGGCAGAAGUAAGGUAUAAUCCUGCUGUUAUACAACCACCAAUGAUAGCUGAGUUCAUCCGAGAGCUUGGAUUUGGAGCCACUAUGAUAGAAAAUGCUGAUGAAGGAGAUGGUGUUUUGGAACUUGUUGUAAGAGGAAUGACAUGUGCCUCCUGUGUACAUAAAAUAGAGUCUACCCUCACAAAACACAGAGGGAUCUUCUAUUGCUCUGUGGCCCUGGCAACCAACAAAGCACAUAUUAAAUAUGACCCAGAAAUUAUUGGUCCCAGGGAUAUUAUCCAUCGAGUUGAAAGCUUAGGUUUUGAAGCUUCUUUGGUCAAGAAGGAUCGAUCAGCAAGCCACCUGGACCAUAAACGAGAAAUAAGACAGUGGAGACGUUCCUUCCUUGUGAGCCUCUUUUUUUGUAUUCCUGUAAUGGGGCUGAUGAUAUAUAUGAUGGCUAUGGAUCACCAUCUUACAACUCUUCACCAUAAUAAGAACAUAAGCCAAGAAGAAAUGAUCAAAAUUCAUUCUUCUAUGUUCCUGGAGCGCCAGAUCUUGCCAGGACUGUCCAUUAUGAAUUUGCUAUCCUUUCUAUUGUGUGUACCUGUACAGUUUUUUGGAGGCUGGUACUUCUACAUUCAGGCCUACAAAGCACUGAGGCAUAAAACUGCAAAUAUGGAUGUACUGAUUGUGCUGGCAACCACCAUCGCAUUUGCCUACUCUCUGGUUAUUCUUCUGGUUGCAAUGUAUGAAAGAGCCAAAGUAAACCCUAUAACUUUCUUUGAUACGCCUCCUAUGCUAUUUGUAUUUAUUGCCCUGGGCCGGUGGCUGGAACAUAUAGCAAAGGGCAAAACAUCAGAGGCUCUUGCCAAGCUAAUUUCACUACAAGCUACGGAGGCAACUAUUGUAACUCUUGACUCUGAUAAUAUUCUCUUAAGUGAAGAACAAGUGGAUGUGGAACUCGUACAACGCGGAGACAUCAUUAAAGUUGUUCCAGGAGGCAAAUUUCCAGUGGAUGGUCGUGUUAUUGAAGGCCAUUCCAUGGUAGAUGAGUCCCUUAUCACAGGGGAGGCAAUGCCUGUGGCUAAGAAAUCUGGCAGCACAGUAAUCGCUGGUUCCAUUAACCAGAAUGGGUCGCUGCUUAUCCGUGCAACCCAUGUUGGAGCUGACACAACACUUUCUCAAAUUGUCAAACUUGUGGAAGAGGCGCAAACAUCAAAGGCUCCUAUCCAACAGUUUGCAGACAAACUCAGUGGCUACUUUGUUCCUUUUAUUGUUAUUGUUUCCAUUGCUACUCUCUUGGUUUGGAUUAUAAUUGGAUUUCUGAAUUUUGAAAUUGUGGAAACCUACUUUCCUGGAUAUAACAGAAGUAUCUCCCGAACAGAAACGAUAAUACGCUUUGCUUUCCAAGCCUCUAUCACAGUUCUGUGCAUUGCAUGCCCCUGUUCACUGGGACUAGCCACUCCAACUGCCGUGAUGGUGGGUACAGGAGUAGGAGCUCAAAAUGGCAUACUAAUCAAAGGUGGCGAGCCACUGGAGAUGGCUCAUAAGGUGAAGGUAGUGGUGUUUGAUAAGACUGGAACGAUUACCCAUGGAACCCCAGUAGUGAAUCAAGUUAAGGUUUUAGUGGAAAGUAACAAAAUAUCACGCAGUAAGAUCCUGGCCAUCGUGGGAACUGCUGAAAGUAACAGUGAACAUCCUCUUGGAACAGCCAUAACAAAAUACUGCAAGCAGGAGCUGGACACUGAGACCUUGGGUACCUGCGUAGAUUUCCAGGUUGUGCCAGGCUGUGGUAUUAGCUGUAAAGUCAUCAAUAUUGAAGGCUUGCUACAUAAGAAUAACUGGAAGAUAGAGGAAAAUAAUAUUAAAAAUGCAUCCCUGGUUCAAAUUGGUGCAAGUAAUGAACAGUCAUCAACUUCAUCUUCCAUGAUUAUUGAUGCCCAGCUCUCAAGUGCUCUUAAUGCCCAGCAGUACAAAGUCCUCAUUGGUAACCGGGAGUGGAUGAUUAGAAAUGGUCUUGUUAUUAAUAAUGAUGUAGAUGAUUACAUGACUGAGCAUGAAAGAAAAGGUCGGACUGCUGUAUUGGUGGCAGUUGAUGAUGAGCUGUGUGGCUUGAUAGCUAUUGCUGAUACAGUGAAGCCCGAAGCAGAAUUGGCUGUCCGUAUUUUGCAGUCUAUGGGCUUAGAAGUAGUUCUGAUGACUGGAGACAACAGUAAAACAGCUCGAUCUAUUGCUUCUCAGGUUGGCAUUACAAAGGUGUUUGCUGAAGUUCUCCCUUCUCAUAAGGUUGCUAAGGUGAAGCAACUUCAGGAGGAGGGGAAACGGGUUGCAAUGGUAGGAGAUGGAAUCAAUGACUCUCCAGCUCUGGCAAUGGCUAAUGUUGGGAUUGCCAUUGGCACAGGUACAGAUGUAGCCAUUGAAGCAGCUGAUGUGGUUUUGAUAAGGAAUGAUCUUCUGGAUGUAGUGGCAAGUAUUGACUUAUCAAGGAAGACAGUCAAGAGGAUUCGGAUAAAUUUUAUUUUCGCUCUGAUUUAUAAUCUAGUUGGAAUUCCCAUAGCUGCUGGAGUUUUUAUGCCCAUUGGUUUGGUUUUGCAGCCCUGGAUGGGAUCUGCUGCAAUGGCUGCUUCAUCUGUUUCAGUAGUACUCUCCUCUCUCUUCCUAAAACUUUACAGAAAACCAACUUAUGAGAAUUACGAACUGCAUGCCCGAAGCCAGAUGGGUCAGAAGAGGCCUUCAGAGAUCAGCGUUCAUGUUGGAAUAGAUGACACCUUGAGAAACUCCCCUAAACUGGGUUUGCUGGACCGGCUUGUUAAUUACAGCAGAGCCUCCAUAAAUUCACUGCUGUCUGAUAAACGGUCCCUCAACAGCAUUGGUACCAGUGAACCUGAUAAGCAUUCACUUCUGGUGGGAGACAGUAGGGAAGAUGAUGACACCGCAUUGUAACAGGCCACACAGAGUACUACUAGCUUAUGUUGUUACGUGCUGAUACAGCAUUAACGAUACCUCCUUAACUUCUUGAAAUAUUGCGGAAGGACUUUCUGUUGGUCUCAUGCCCUUAUGUUAGGGAAUAUCUUUGAAUUGCAUUUGUCUAGUGGCAAAAAUAUCUUUUUUUCAGAGCAUUAGCUCUCAGCCUAGCUUUAUUUAAGGUAAAUUGCCAAUACUUUUUGUUUUCACUAGGAACAGAUAAGGUAGGCCAGUGAGGUUUACAACAAGCCCCACAAUUGAGGAUUGCGGAAUUGCUGCUAAAGUGACAGAUGACUUUUUCUUUGACCAAAAAGAAAAGACUCAAGAAAAAGGAUACUUAAAAGUUUGAAGAUCUGAGACCAUGAUCUUGAGGACAUUCUUGAGCUCUCAACCCUGCCAGGUUGGGGAACAAGGGCUUUUAAAACACUGUAUAAAGCAUCUGGUUUUAGAUGGAAAACAGUAGAAACGGUUUAAAAAUAGACGUGCCUUAUUUAUUAUAGGCUUUCUUCUCCCCUGAUUGUCCCUGCAUCUUUGUCUUUGCAGUUGUUUUCAUAGAUGCCUUAGUAUGAUUCUUUAUUGUUGUUGUUCUUUCCAGUGAGUUAAGUGUAGGUGAUUUUUGAUUGAUAAAAAUAACUGAUAACUUUUCCAAUAUCAUCUUCCUUUCUUUUUUUUGUAGCCCAAAAGACCAUAAGGGUCCAGAGGGUUUCUUGUUUCCUAUCUUUCCAUUGUAAAAAAAAAUGGAUUGGAUUCUUCUUUCAUUGUCUCCCUAGCUCUGUACAAACCUUCAAUUCACUCCUGCUGACUUUCACUAUAAAUUGUUCUUAAUAUAUCAGCCUCAGUCCAGAAAAUUAAGAUUUUUUUAUUAACAUAUAUUAUUUGCCCGAGGGGUACAGGUCUGUAAAUCAUCAGGUGUACACAUU